UCCAUUUAGAAGUUACUGUUUCCACAACUGUAUUAUUAUCCUUUGAGAGAGAAGUAGUGCAACUAAUUAAAAAGACUGUGUAAGAGAGAGAGAGAGACGGCCUGAGAGUGAGAAACAGAAGAUGAGGCGGAAGACAGAGGAGGCUAAUUAAAAGGAGGAAAAAUGACAGGGGGAAACAGAGAGGGGGAGGGCUGAUCAGGGCUGGGAAGGAGGGUGAGAGCGUGAGGGAGUAAAAGAGAAGAAGAGCCAAACUGGCGAUUCUGCCAAAUUGCCUGACUUUGACUCUGGAGAGAGAGAGAGAGAGAGAGAGAGAGAGAGAGAGAGAGAGAGAGAGAGAGACUGGUGCUUCUGUACAAAAGGGAUCAAGGGAAUGUGACUUGGCAAGUGCCAGAGCAUAGGGGUCUAUUGAAGAAGAAGACAAAUGAGGACCAAGCUGAAACAGCAAGAGAACACUAAUAAAGAGUCCCCAAACAUAGACGUUUUAUUGUGGUGAGAGGGAAAAGGACAGAGACAGAGGAGAGAAAGAGAGAGAGAGAGAGAGAGACAGAGACAGAGAGAGGCGUGCUGCUACACCAGACUGUCUGAUUUACUUGCAGUUAUUUGAGGGUAGAAGAUCUGCUAAAAAUUUCCUCCAAAGGAUCCAGCGCUGUUCUGGUUCUUCAUCCUUACGCCAAUUCACUUGGUCAGAAGAGAAGAGCUGCUAAGCCAUGAAGAGACCUCACGAUUACAGUUCUCCAGAUCCAGAUGCGGAUGAGCUGAUCGACGUUGGGCAGGAGGACAGUUAUUGUUCUGUCACUGGGUCCAUGUCUCCCGGCAGUACUUCACAGAUCCUAGCCCGCAAGAAGAGAAGAGGGAUAAUUGAGAAGAGGCGCAGAGACAGGAUCAACCAUUGUCUGUCAGAGCUGAGGAGACUCGUGCCCAGCGCCUUUGAAAAACAAGGUUCAUCUAAACUUGAGAAAGCUGAGAUUCUUCAAAUGACAGUGGAUCAUCUCAAAUUGUUGCAUGCCAUGGGUUCAAAAGGUUAUUUCGAUGCUCGUGCACUGGCCGUAGACUACAGAACGUUGGGAUUUCGUGAGUGUGUGGGCGAGGUAGUGAGGUACCUCGGCUCUCUGGAGGGUGCAGAUUCUUUAGAUCCUAUUGGUGCCCGUUUGGUGUCCCACCUGAGUCAUUGUGCCAGUGAGCUUGACCCUCUGCAUCAGAGCCCAGCCACUUUGGCCUUUCCUCCUUGGCCUUGGGGCUCCUUCCCUCAGCUCAGUGCCUCCUCUAGCCCAGCCUCCUCUUCCCCCUUUCCUCCUGCCAACCGCCGACACAUGGCCCCUCAUGCUGCUGCGACUCUUCUGGCGUACCCCUCGCCAACCAUGUGUUUAGCGCCACUGGGAAACCAGAGGGCACUACUGACCCCUGCAUUAUCUCCAGUGCACAGGAUGUCCUCUGUUUCAUCAAACCCUCAUAGACUGGCACAUCCAUCCACAGAGAACUCAACUGUUCCCUCACCUUUGCAUUCUGUCCCACCCCAUUCUCAUAACUCCUCCUCCCCUUCCUCUAAUUCCUCUUCGUCUUCCCCCUCCUCUUCAUCCGCUGGACAUCCUCAGGUUUCCUUCAGACCCUUCGUUGCUCUGAGAUCUCCAGCCCCACUGAUCAGGGUCAGCAAGUCUGCACACACUUGGGGAACAGAGAUCGGGGCCUUCUGA